AUGGCUAGCACUCAGGGUGUCAACGUCUUCCGUUACUCGGCUCUCGUUGCCGGUCUCAUCUACGGUGUCUACCACCAGUCAUCCCUUACCCAGGCCGCCAAGCGCACAGAGAUCGAGCACGAGUACGCUCGCAAGGAGCGCCUGAUCGAGCAGGCCAAGGCCGAGUGGAAGAAAAAGACCCAGCCCAAGCAGGAGACCACCACGCAAUCCAGUGGAUUGAUCACCGAUUUCGAGGACCCCAAGUUCGAUCUGGAGGCAUUCUUGCUGGCCAAGGCCAAGGAGAACCCUUGA